AUGAGGAUAGAGAUCUUGUCCUUGGUUCUAUCCAACGACAACGAGGUCAGUGGCGAUGACUUUGAAGGCGUUGUGCACGGAGGGAGGGUGGGUCGAUCGGGGUGUGGGAAGAGGCAAACAGUUUUGGGUGGGGUGGGGUGGGGUGGGGCUGGGAAGAGAAAGAGACGAAGAGAAAUUGUUUUCUUUUGA